UUCGUAACAAGCUAUUCAGUUGAGGAAUACAUUCGAAGAUUUUGCAAACAAAGCCUGAAUUCAUCAAAACUCUCCAGAAUUCUGAAGAUUUCAGAACUGAAAUUUCGUCAAGGAGCUGGACUAUUAGCACGUUUUUUGUUUCAAAACAAUUGUAGAAUGAAACUGAAAUUGACGGCGUAUGACAAUUAUUUUGUGGAGUCCAACGAGUUUAGAAAAUUUUAGACCCUGUUUUGCACGAAACACGAAAUUUUUUCUGUCAGUUACUCGGUUUUUGAGUAAAAUUUGGCUUUCCGGCUUCCGAAAAUUACGGGAAUAAUGUUUUUAGCCGUCUUUGAGUAAUGUUACAGCAACAGGGACACAACAGGGUUCAAAGAUGAAAGAAGAGAUUCCUCGAAACGAGAUCAGGCACGGGACGGGUACGAAUUCAAGUACUGAAAGUAGCAAAUUGAGCUCUUUGAGCAAGAAUUCUGUCAAUGGUGUGAAGCCUAGAGAUGGACUACGGAGAUCUGAGGCUUUUAAUAGAGUCUCAAAGGAGACGAGGACAAAAACAAAGGCAAUUUCUGUGGAAGGGAACGCCAAAAAGGGGGAUCAAGCUUCUGUUAGAGUUCCUUCCAGGAAUCCAAUAGGUUCCCGAACUGAGGCUGUGAAAAAAAGCACAGGAACUCCUCACAUGGAAAUUCAUCAGGACACUGAAUUUGGAAAUAUCAAGACGUCUGCUGCUCGGAUGAAUCCAAAACUUCGGACAAUUGGGGGUCUUAAUUCUUUGAAACAGUCACAGAGGUCUAUUAAUUUGGAUUCUGAUUGCAAUCAUAUCAAACCAGUUGAAUCAUGUUGUCCUACACAUGAAAUUCGACAGCUGAGAAGAAUGAUCAAGGGAUUACAAGAAACAGAGGAGACACUUCAAAGUGAACUUCUCCAUGAGCAAAAAGACUUAUUCAGAGCAUUGCAUAAGGUUACCGUGUUGGAGAAAGAGCUUGGAGCAAGGUGUACUGAAAUUGAGGGAUUGAAUAUGAGAAUUGUUUCUUUGAGCGCAGAAAGUGCUGAAAAUAUUAAAAAGAAUUUGGAGACAACAACAAGCUUGGAAACUCAAAUUCUUCAGCUUCAGAACAUGAAUGCAGAACUUGAAAAUGAAGUUCUUCAGCUGCAUAACAUGACCGCUGAACUUGUACAGGAGAAAAGAGAACUGGCAGACAAGCUUGCAAAAGCUCAGAAAGCAGAAUAUGAUGCACUUGUUCAGAAAAAAACACAUACAACAAUGGACAUGGAAAUCCAAGUUGUUCAGCUGCAAAACACGAAUGCAGAACUUGAAGCCGAAGUUGUUAGGCUGCAAAACAUGAAUGCAGAGCUUGUACAGCAGAAAAGAGAAAUGGCAAACAAGCUUGGAAAAGCCGAGUCAGAAAUUCUUGUGUUUUGCCAUCCUACCGAGUCCAAGAAACUUGAACAACCAAAUGGGAUGAGUGUCUCGUUGCCUGGUCCGUCGAGGACAUUAGCUUCAGAGCUUGCAGGAAAGAUUACUGAAUCUAAAGAUAAACACAGAACAAAUUUUCAAAAUGAUCAUGAUAAGAUGAAGAUAGAUGGGAAAAAGCUAGGAGAGAAGGAAAUGGAUGAGCAAAAGGAAGAGGAAAAGAAAGCAUUGACUGCCAAACAAAUUCUUUUGACAAAAUCUAUGGGUGUAGAAGUUGCGAAAAGACCAUCAAGAAUACCAAAACCUCCUCCAAAACCUUCAUUAGUAUCUUCCACAGCCUCAACCUCUGUGCGUCCAAAACAUCCAAGCAGCAUGCCACCACCUCCACCUUCACCUCCAUCUCCACCUCCAAAAUGUCCCAGCAACAUUCCACCACCUCCUCCAAUGCCUCCACAAUCGUUAUCCCCUUCUGAAGUCCUUCAUUCUAAGACAACAGUAAGAAAAGAUGCAAUGCAGAAAGCUCCAGAAGUAGUACAGUUUUAUCGCUCAUUGAUGAAACGAGAUUCAAAAAAAGAUUCCUCUGCAAUUGGGAAUUCUGAAAAUCCAGAUAUAUCAGUAGCUCGAAGCAGCAUGAUUGGAGAAAUUGAAAACCGUUCUGCACACUUGCUGGCGAUCAAAGAAGAUGUUGAAACCCAAGGUGACUUUGUACGGUAUUUGAUACAAGAAUUGAGGGUUGUAGCUUAUACCAAUAUCGAAGAUGUGCUAGCUUUUGUUCAGUGGCUUGAUGAGGAGCUUUCUUUCCUUGUUGAUGAGAGAGCAGUUUUGAAACAUUUUGACUGGCCAGAGAAGAAAGCUGACACUAUGCGAGAAGCUGCAUUUACAUACAGGGAUAUGAAAAAGUUGAAAUCUGAAGUCUUGUCAUAUGAUGAUGAUCUUCAUCAGCCCUCUGAUGUUACUCUAAAGAGGAUGACAAUGUUGCUGGAAAAGUUGGAGCAAAUUGUCUAUAAACUGCUGCAAACAAGAGAAAGGACGAUGGCCCUCUACAAAGAGUUUCAGAUUCCAAUUGAUUGGAUGCUUGAUGAUGGCCUUGUUCGUGAGAUAAAGCUAAGUUCUGUUAAGCUAGCAAAGAGAUACAUGAAGCGAAUAUCUAUAGAGCUUGAGUCGAUGGGAAACUCAGAAAAGGAGCCUGCACAGGAAUUCUUGUUGCUUCAGGGUGUGCGUUUUGCUUUCAGAGCUCAUCAGUUUGCAGGAGGGUUUGAUGCAGAAACCAUGUGUGCUUUUGAAGAAUUGCGUCAUCUUGUUCACAUUGACGAUAAAGAGUCACAAGAUCUAAAUAAUUCCGUUUUAUCAGCUUAGUAUCAUUGCCAAGUAAAUACCUUAUUUUUAUGGGGGCAUAAUGAUAGAUGCAAUAAGCUAUGUAAUGGUACCCUGAAUGUGAAAAAAUAAAUUCAAUCUUGAGAUAAGUUGGUUGUUUUGCUGCUAUGCCGUUUGAGGGUAUUGAGGCCAGCAUACUGUGAAAGAAUAUUUAUUUAUCUAUAGGUUCUAUACUUUUGAUUCA